CCAUUUAUAGAUUAUAGUCAAACUCCACCACAGUCGAGAGAAGAGAGAAGAAGUGGAAAAUAUCAUAUCAGAGACAGAAAUGGAGGAAGCUAAUAAGGGAACUGUGAAGCACGUACUGCUUGCGAAAUUCAAAGAUGGGGUAAGCCCUGAGAAAAUCGAAGAACUCAUCAAAGGUUACGCCAACCUCGUCAAUCUCAUCGAACCUAUGAAAGCUUUCCACUGGGGAGAAGAUGUGAGCAUUGAGAAUCUCCACCAAGGUUACACUCACAUAUUUGAAUCCACAUUUGAGAGCAAAGAAGCUGUUGCUGAGUACGUUGCUCAUCCCGUUCACGUUGAAUUCGCCACCAUGUUCCUAGGCAGCUUGGAUAAAGUUUUGGUUAUAGACUACAAACCUACCUCUGUGUCUCUCUAAUUACGUUGCUGCAGCCAAUUCUCUCAUCUUGUGAUCUUGUUCAAUAAAGUAUCUUCCUUUUCAGUUAUGACCUUUUUGGUUUGCCCUUCAUUGUUCUCAUCUUUUCCUAUGGUGUUGACUUGAUGUGUAAAACGAUCUUGAGUUUUUUUUACUGGAUAAUGAAGAGAGUUUGGUUUCAGA